CUGUUGAUGAAUCCACCUUCAAUUUGAACAUCAAGAUUGACAACAUCACCUAUCAGCUAUACCACCCCUCAUCAUCUUCCUCAAUAUCCUAUUUUAUUUUCUUUAAUUACCACUUUUUCUUUUUUUUAAAUGUCUGUACCAAACACAAUGCCUCCGGGCAAACCCAUGCCAAAUUUUGCGGCAUCGACAUCACAAUCAUCAGUUUGGGAUCGCAUAACAGCAUGGGCUUCAGAGAAUAAAGCAGUUGUAUAUACAAUCGCUGGUGUGGCAGUAGUAGUCUCAGGUGCUGGAGUUGCAUACUACUUAUUAGACUCGGUAGGUCGCAUUUGGCCAUUAGUUUGCUAAUCGUCCCAUCACUGCAGGUACUAAUAUCUUAUUACAGAAGGAUUCCACGUCUACCCAAAGCGUAUCAAAGAAAUCAAAGGAGAAGAAGAGACGGAAGAAGGACGAGAAGAGAGAAGCCGAUCUAGAGAAGGGAACCACAACACCAGAUACAAAAUCCAAAGCAGCAGCAGAGACUUUGGAUGAGCUUCCGGAGGUUGACGAAACCACUGUUGGAAAUUUAUCGGAGCAACAACGAAAAGAAUAUGCCGCGAAGUUGAAGGCAGCCGGUAAUACUGCAUACGGGUCCAAGGAUUACCCUCGAGCCAUCGACCUUUACGGUAAAGCCAUCCUUUGCAAGCCAGAUCCUAUCUUCUAUUCAAACCGUGCUGCAUGUUACAAUGCCCUUGGCGAAUUCGAGAAAGUUAUUGAGGAUACCACUGCUGCGAUUAAUCUCGAUAGCGAAUAUGUAAAGGCAUUAAACCGUAGAGCAAACGCAUAUGAACAUACCGAGAAAUACAGCGAGGCUUUACUCGAUUUCACUGCCAGUUGUAUUAUCGAUGGGUUCCGAAAUGAACAAAGCGCACAGUCUGUCGAAAGAUUACUCAAAAAGGUUGCGGAGUCCAAGGCAAAGGUCAUUCUCGAGGCCAAGGAUAAGAAGCUUCCAAGUCCAACAUUUGUCACCAACUACCUACAAAGUUUCCGAUCAAAACCCGCGCCCGCAGGAUUAGAAGAUAGUGUUGAAAUAUCAGAGGAAACAGGAAAGGGUCAAUUACAACUCGGUCUUCGAGCUAUGGCAAAGAAGACUAAUGAGGGGUAUGAAGAUGCUUCAGCUGCAUUUGAGAAGGCCUUGGAUUUGGGAGAACUUGGUGAACAUGAAGCCUUUGCGUACAACAUGCGCGGAACAUUCAGAUAUCUCCGGGGAGUACAAUUGGACGCCCUAGGUGAUUUGAGCAAGAGUAUUGAAUUGGAGCCCGAUUAUACACAAAGUUAUAUCAAGCGUGCUAGCAUGCAUUUGGAACUUGGUUGGUUUCUCACAUAAGAAACCCUUGAUUACUUUCUAACACAUCUAUAGGUGACAAGGAUGCCGCUGCUGCAGAUUUUGACAAGGCUAUGGAACAACAUGAUGAUGACCCUGAUAUCUACUACCACCGCGCCCAACUCAAUUUCAUCCUCGGUGAACUCUCACAAGCAGCAAAGGACUACCAAAAGUCUAUUGACCUCGACCGGGACUUCAUCUUCUCACACAUUCAACUUGGUGUUACACAAUACAAGAUGGGUUCCACCGCAUCAUCUAUGGGAACAUUCCGACGCACAAUCAAGGCAUUUGAAGAUGUACCUGAUGCAUACAACUAUUACGGAGAGCUUUUGUUAGAUCAACAGAAGUAUGAUGAAGCCAUCUCACAAUUCGAAAAGGCCGUUGAAUUAGAGAAGCAAACUAAACCGUUAGGCAUGAGUGUUCUCCCACUCAUUAACAAAGCCCUUGCUCUUUUCCAAUGGAAGCAAGAUUUUGGAGAGGCAGAAAAACUUUGUGAAAAGGCUCUUAUUAGUACGUUUUUCUUUCCCCUGUCUUCAAUUCCUUAUACUAAUAAUCCUUAAUAGUCGACCCUGAAUGUGAUAUCGCCGUCGCAACCAUGGCACAACUUCUCCUUCAACAAGGUAAGGUAACUGAAGCUCUUAAAUACUUUGAGAGAGCAGCAGAAUUAUCUAGAACAGAAGGAGAAAUUGUUAAUGCGUUGAGUUAUGCUGAGGCUACGAGGACACAAUUGGAAGUUCAAGAGAAAUAUCCACAAUUGGCUAGUAGAUUAGCAGGUAUGAGCGGACUCGGAGGAGCUGGUAUGCGUUAAUUUUCAAGCAUUAAUGAGAGGGGUGAUGUGAAGAGAGGUGAAAUAAUGAUACGUUGAUGUGGUUAUCACGAAUGGAUGUGCGCAAGCAGGGCUUGAGAUGAAAGACAGCAUAAAAGGAUUGAGAUUGAAUGGCAUGUAUGCAUGCGAUGAAUCCCAUGAUUUGAUCUCAAGUAAGAAAGGUAAAAAGAAAGCACAAUCAAAAAUGUAAAAUUAUGUUUUUUCUUCACAAACUACUCGUGGUUACAUGGGUUCAUCACCUGUGGAAAUUGGAAAUUGGAAUUUAGGGUUUGGGAAUGAGAGACUCGGAGAAAAGGUUGUGAUUGAGGGAGAGGAAAGGAUGAUGGAGGGAGAGUGUAGAGUGUAGGUAGGGUAUAGGGUGUAUAGUAUAAUAUGACGAGUUGAUGUAUGUAUGGGUUCUAAAGGAUCUAAGGAGUCUAA